UCCGAGGUCUCGCCCGCCCCGAGCCGUUGGCCACGCGAGCGCGUGGCGGGGCUCCAAGCCACCGCGUUGCCUUCAGCUCCGAGCCACGCGUGUGCGAGCGCGCUGGAACCGACUUCGGUUCAGCUGUUUGCUGGCACGAACCCCAGCUUUCGUUUCGCUCCCGGCCUCCCGCAGCACUCGGGGUGGAUUUUGUGCCGGGGGCUUGCUCUGGUGGGCACCGAGGCCCCGCUUCCCAGCGUGGGUGGCCGCUGGGCGGAGUGGGGCGAGGCGGGGCGAGACACGCGUGGCGUGGGCGGCCGGGUCGGAGCGGUGGGCCAGCAGCACCGGUAACUUUCCUCCCGGGGCUGGGGAGGCGCUGGAAGGUGCUGGAAGGAAACGGGGCCUCGGCAGCGCAGGAAGGAGCCGCUCACCCGCUUGGAUCACGGAGCAGAGAGGGCUCUGCUGCUCUGGGACAGCGCUGGAAAGGUUUCCCCCCUCCGAGAGGCAGCAGAAGGAGGCCAACAAAAUAGCUGGGAGAAUAAACCCGAGGCAGAGUAUGGAGACUGUGGAGCUGCUCAGGAGCUCUGUGGCUCCUCAAGGAACCCUGCAGCUACUUGUGUAGUGAAGAACACCACGAGAAGUACUGUAGCAGGGCCUAUAUAUAUAUAAAUUGCCUAAUCCAAAAAAAAAAAAAAAAGGAAAAACUAACAAACAGGAAACUUUAUCACUGACUUGUUGUGUCCUGGCUGCGUGCCUUGGGUUACCCUUGUCGCUUGUUAGCAGUUACUGCCGCCGCAGCUCUCUGCGCCUCGUCAGCACAUUUCCUUCAGCAGCCAGGAGGCGGGCGGCGUGCCGCUGCGCAAGUGCAGCGCGUGAGCUUGCUGCCUCAUCCCCAUCUCACACCUGUAGGAAGAGUGGUGUUUCCAGCGCUGUUAUCUCUGUUCAGAUAAGUUUUUCAGGAAGGGUGCUUUCUCUAGCAAUAGCCAUUACGGCUCUCGGAGCGCUCAUUCUUCGGUAGACAGAAGGAUGAAUGUUCUGCUGUCUUUAAAUGUGCGAUCCGGUCUUUAGAAGUGGAGAUGGUCUCAGACCACAAAAGUUACAUCUUUUGUAAUUAGAUCUGGUAUGUGAACAUAUGGCUAUCGAGAAGGCCUUUUUUCAAAAUUCCAAGCUUUGAAUUUAAGGACUUUAGCUGUUGCUGUUUUUCAGAAGUCAUCUUCCCAGGGAAGAAUGUAGAAUAUAAGGUGCCUUGUCUUGAACCUGUUGAAGGAUGAUCCUGCUAUCUACUCUGGAAGCAGCUGCUGUGAAAGUCUCGUUGCCACAGCUCUGUGGGUCUUUGCAUGUCGAAUAGGAAAACUUGUCAGAUUUUAUGUAACCUCCCAGCAAUAAGAUCUGCAGAUCUGACAGUCUUGGAGGAAAGUAACUGUUUCAGAAUUGAGGUGAAACUUAACAUACCAGGAUGUUUUGUUUCAUUGGGGAAAACUGUUCUGCUGCUGUGCAGGAGAGUAUUACUGUGUGUUCCUCACCGCAUAAUAAUUCAGGAAGGCAGAAUCACAUCCUCUUUGCUGUGGAAACCGUCUCCGUGGGAAGGAGCCUCAUCUUAGGAGGGAAUUCAGGGGAGUGCUUCCUGCAGUCAGGCACAGUUCUGCAUCUAGGCCACAAACAGGUUCAACUUGGUCGUGCUUCUGCUCAUAUGUGAGUACAGCAUUUGACCUAGCGUUUCCAUUGCGGUUACGGCAGCUGGCAAGCUGUAUUGUAACAAGCUUUGGUUUGACUGAUGCGUAUGAUAUUUUUAAAUUAGAUGAGGCUUUACGUGUUCUGGCAUUCAUUUCUCUGUUUAAAGUUCUAGCCCCCCCUGAGUGGUGGUGGUCUGUGACUUUCUGCUUAAGACAAAAUACCUUUUUUUUUUCCCCAUUUUUGGAGCACGGACGGACUCCUUGCUUGUGUCCUCGCUAACGAGGAGACAUCCUGGGAGCCAGCGUAGCUUGCAGUUUUAGACCUGGAGAUCUCAAAACCAGAUUUCCUGUAAGGUACUUCCUUUCUGACUUGCAGUAGCAGAGGGAAACUGAAGACGUUGAAGGAAGACGCCUGCUGCCUCUUGCUCUGCAGUAACCAUGCUGCAGCAAUGAGAUUAUAGCGAGCCCUUCCUGUGUGGCCUCCAUGGGUCCCACUCAACUCAGCACACAGGAUCAUGGGAAGAGGGUGGCAAGUGUAUUUGAGAUGGAGGAGGAAGGGCUUUCACUCUUCUCUGGCUCAGAGAACCCCCCUGAGCAUGCAGAAAAUCCCCCCUUGAAGCGGAAGAAGGGCCCAGCCCCAAAGAUGCUGGGAAAUGAAGUGUGCAGCGUGUGCGGUGACAAGGCUUCAGGCUUCCACUACAACGUGCUGAGCUGCGAAGGCUGCAAGGGCUUCUUCCGCCGCAGCGUCAUCAAGGGUGCCCAGUACGUCUGCAAGAAUGGCGGCAAGUGUGAGAUGGACAUGUAUAUGCGCCGCAAGUGCCAGGAGUGCCGGCUGCGCAAGUGCCAGGAGGCGGGCAUGCGGGAGCAGUAUGUUCUGUCUGAAGAGCAAAUCCGGCUGAAGAAGCUGAAGAAACAGGAGGACGAUCAGGCUCGGACAGUUGUGGUGCGUCCAAACCCUCCACAUCCACCAAGCCCUUCCCACAAACUAACGCCUGAACAGUUAAGCAUGAUAGAAAAGCUUGUCGCCGCUCAGCAGCAGUGCAACCAGCGCUCGUUCACGGACAGGCUCAAAGUGACGCCAUGGCCCCAAGUUCCUGACCCUAAUAACCGUGAAGCGAGGCAGCAGCGUUUUGCUCACUUUACAGAACUUGCAAUUAUCUCUGUGCAAGAGAUUGUGGACUUUGCCAAGCAACUGCCCGGCUUCCUGGAGCUCACCAGGGAAGACCAGAUUGCGUUAUUGAAGACAUCUACCAUAGAGGUGAUGUUAUUGGAGACAUCUCGACGCUACAAUCCAGAGAUUGAGAGCAUCACUUUUCUUAAGGACCUGAGCUAUAAUCGGGAUGACUUCGCCAAAGCAGGUCUGCAGUUUGAGUUCAUUAACCCCAUCUUUGAAUUCUCAAAGGGAAUGAAUGAGCUACAACUCAACGAUGCUGAAUAUGCACUUUUAAUCGCCAUCAACAUUUUCUCUGCAGACCGACCGAAUGUGCAGGACCAGUCCCUGGUGGAGAGACUGCAGCACACCUAUGUGGAAGCCCUUCAUUCUUACAUUUGCAUCAACAGACCAAAUGACCACCUGAUGUUUCCACGGAUGUUAAUGAAGCUGGUCAGUCUUCGGACACUAAGUAACGUCCACUCUGAACAGGUGUUUGCCCUUCGGCUGCAGGACAAGAAACUCCCUCCCCUGCUCUCAGAAAUCUGGGAUGUGCAUGAGUGACUGCAUGCUCCCAGGGCACUGAUACACCGACAUAACGCCAUGUCCCAGCCUUUGCUAACAAGAAGCCAGCCUCCCCUCUCCAAAGCACUGAACUCUGGGCUAGGCAGUGCAGGGAGUGAUGAGCCUGGGGUUUCAGUGUUAUCACGAGAUUAUGCAGGAGGCAGCUGGGGUAGAUCAGAUGGGGGGGGUUGGUUUUGAUGUAGUGCCCACGCCCCAAAUGAGUAGCAUGAAACAUCUGAAAACGGUAGAAAUGAAGACCCUCCCCACGCACAUACACCUCUUUCUUCAGAGUCUCUUUCUCUUUUCUAAGCAUGUCCUGGGGAUUGGCCCAUUGAUCCUUUCCUCUCUUGUUGAUUAUGAAAAUGAAUUUGCAGGAACUUGCCAAACCAUCUCUAUUGAGAGUAACCCAGCUCAAAAGGCUUCUGCAGGGUCCCCAGUGUACCUGGAUCUGAGGAGCUCAGGGAAGUCAAUGUGGAUGUUCUAGGGGUUUCACUGGGUUUCCGAUAAAUAAAAUCUCUUGUACGUACUGCCCUUUACAAAGAUUCCAAGAGAAGUAGCUGUUAUUUCCUUAUUAUGAGACUUCAUCUCUAGAGCUGCCCUUUCACUCUGACCCUUCUUUGGAAAGAGGAUUCCGCUAACGUGUAAUGCCCUUUGUCUAACAGGGAGGUCCUCUGGGUAGGGAACAUUUGUACGUCAGGAAGACAUAAGGCAUAAAGCAGUGGACUUUUUUAAUGUAAUAUAUCACAAUUUUAUUUCACGAUGGUUCUCAGACAGUUCACUUUACCUUUGAUUUGCUAAUACGUGGAAGACUUUAGUUCAAAACAAAUCAGGGCAUAGAUUUUUAUCUUUAGGGGUGGAAGAGAAGAGAGAAAGGUGGGAAGGACUGGUACCUAGACAAGGUAGGUGUGGUGGAAGGAUCUCAAAAACUUCCAAGAAUUUGGAGCAUGUGGCAUGUGUUCCAAGGUGAGUGUGAAGAUGUGUUUUCCAAGGAGAAGAGGACAUGCUGCAUUUAGUGAAAUAUGUGGGCAUUGCGUAAGCUAUGGGCUGCACAACUCUCAGAUCGCGGGUUGCAGGAAUAUUGAGUGUAACCAGAUCCGCUUGCAUCUUCUUCCUUAUGCCAAAGUCUUUCCAAGGUACUUGCUCAAGGUUCUAGUGAUUGUCGUGGGAUAUGGAGGUUCCUUUUGUGUGAGGAGUGCCAACUGCUUUAGAAGGACACUUGGGUCUUGUAUCUUUUUUCGCUUUGGGCACAGUGAGAUCCAUGCUGGAUUUAUGCCCUACAUUCUUAAGUAUCCACAUCCUCAAGUAUUCUAGGAUUUACAGCAAUAUUUUGUCUGACAGAAGAGAAAUAUACUGUUCCAAAAUCUGUUCCGUAUUUUCCAAGAAAUAACAUCUUAUGGCAGAUCUCAGAGAUGUAACCUGAAGUAUCCUGGUAGCUUAGUCUCAUGAGCCUUCUCUGUCAUAGGGGUCUGUUUGCUUGCCCGGUGAGCAUCCCAAGAGCCUAGGUUCACAAUGGCUCGUUGUUUUGUGUUUGUUUGUUUGUUUUUUGGCUGUGUAUCUGAGCGCUAUGCCCGUGGUGAGGGUAUCGUGUCCAUUUUGCACUUGAGGUUGGUCCCCUGCCACUGGCCUUCACUCUGCACCUUUGUAAAGCACUUGUAACAAUCUGUAAAAUAAUCUGUUGUUUUUUAUAACUCAUUGCAAUUGCAAAAAAUCUUGUUAAAAUCUGUAUUUUUAACUAAUCUGUUUGAGAAAUGUUAAUGUUUAUAUAAAAGAAUAAAGCCUAAUACAGGA